GCGGCAUUGUUUGUGGUGGUGCCGGUUGCGCUCGGCGGCGGCCGCGUCUGCUCCGCCCGCCCGGCCCGGGACCCCCGGGACCCCCCGGGACCCGCCGGGACCCCCCGGGAACCGCCGAGAAUCCACCGGGAGCCGCCGGGAACCGCCGGGAACGCGCCGCGACCCCCCGCGACCCCCGAGCCAGGAUGGACCGCAUGACGGAGGACGCGCUGCGCCUGAACCUGCUCAAGCGGAGCCUGGAGCCGGCGGAGGAGCGCGAGGACGUCCUGGCCAAGCGGCUCAAGAUGGAGGGGCACGAGGCCAUGGAGAGGCUGAAGAUGCUGGCGCUGCUCAAGCGCAAGGACCUGGCGGGGCUGGAGGUGCCCCACGAGCUCCCGGUGAAGCCGGACGGCAUCAAGGGCUACGAGGAGAAGCUCAACGGGAGCCUGCGGCCCCACGGGGACGGGCGGAGCGCGGCCCGGCCGGGCAAGGAGAACAUCAACGACGAGCCCGUGGAUAUGAGCGCCAGGAGGAGUGAGCAGGACCGGGGCCGGCUGACCCCGUCCCCGGACAUCAUCGUCCUGUCGGACAACGAGGCCUCCAGCCCCCGCUCCAGCUCCCGCAUGGAGGAGCGGCUCAAGGCGGCCAACCUGGAGAUGUUCAAGGGGAAGAGCCUGGAGGAGCGGCAGCAGCUGAUCAAGCAGCUCCGGGACGAGCUGCGGCUGGAGGAGGCGCGGCUGGUGCUCCUCAAGAAGCUGCGGCAGAGCCAGCUCCAGAAGGAGAACGUGGUGCAGAAGGCUCCCGUGGUCCAGAACGCCGCCUCCAUCGUGCAGCCGUCCCCCGCCCACGUGGGGCAGCAGGGCCUGUCCAAGAUCCCCUCCCGGCCCGGAGCUCAGGGCGUGGAGCCGCAGAAUUUAAGGACAUUACAGGGCCACAGCGUGAUCCGCUCGGCCGCCAGCUCGGCGCUGCCCCACAUGCUGAUGUCCCAGCGCGUCAUCGCCCCCAGCCCCGCGCAGCUCCAGGGCCAGCGCGGGCCCCAGAAAUCCGGCCUGGUGCGCACGUCCACGCCCGGGAUGAGCCCCGCCAUCAACUACCAGCCGUCGGGCUCGUCGGUGCCGUGCCAGCGCUCGUCCUCCUCCGCCAUCUACAUGAACCUGGCGUCGCACAUGCAGCCGGGCUCGGUGGCGCGCGUGUCGUCCCCGCUGCCCAGCCCCAGCGCGCUCUCGGACGCCGCCAACUCGCAGGCGGCCGCCAAGCUGGCGCUGCGCAAGCAGCUGGAGAAGACGCUGCUGGAGAUCCCCCCGCCCAAACCGCCCGCGCCGCUGCUGCACUUCCUGCCCAGCGCCGCCAACAGCGAGUUCAUCUACAUGGUGGGGCUGGAGGAGGUGGUGCAGAGCGUCAUCGACAGCCAAGGGAAGAGCGCGCCGGCGGUGCCGCGCGUGGAGCCGUUCGUGUGCGCGCAGUGCCGCACCGACUUCACGCCGCACUGGAAGCAGGAGAAGGGCGGGCGCAUCCUGUGCGAGCAGUGCCAGACCUCCAACCAGAAGAAGGCGCUCAAGGCCGAGCACACGAACCGCCUCAAGAACGCCUUCGUCAAGGCCCUGCAGCAGGAGCAGGAGAUCGAGCAGCGGCUGCAGCAGCAGGCAGCGCUGUCGCCCACGGCCGCGCCCGCCGUGCCCAGCGUGGGCAAACAGGACGGGAUCCUGCGGCACCACACGCUCCGGCAGGCGCCGCAGCCCCAGAGCAGCCUCCAGCGCGGGAUCCCCACCUCGGCGCGCUCCAUGCUGUCCAACUUCGCCCAGGCCCCGCAGCUCUCCGUGGCCGGGGGGCUCCUGGGAAUGCCAGGGGUGAACAUCGCCUACCUGAACGCCGGCAUCGGGGGCCACAAAGCGUCGAGCCUGGCGGACCGGCAGCGGGAAUACCUGCUGGAUAUGAUCCCGCCCCGCUCCAUAUCCCAGUCCAUCAGCGGACAGAAAUAGCCCCGGCUGCCCUCCCUCUGCCGGGCCUCCGGGGAGAGCACACCGAGAGAACCACGCAGAACGUGGCAAAACAGACAAAACAAACAUUUCAAACCAGCGGGCCCGGCCCCGCCCGGCCCGAGGGGCAGCCCCGGCCCCGCUCGUUUUGUAACGCCGCCGCUUCCUCCUUGUGUUGUGGGUUGUUUUUUGCCCCUUUUUUUCCUUAUUUUUCCCCCUCUCCUCUUCGCUCCAUGGAUGGUUAAAGCUUUUUUCUCCCUUUUCCAGAGACUUUGGCAAGGGCACCUUCCCCCGUCCCCCAGGGGGGAUUUUGGGGGCGGCCUGUGCCGAUUCCGGGGGGAUCGGGGGCGUCUGAGGGAAGCAGGAUCCGACCCCUGGGGGGGGGCAAAUCCCCUUCGGGCCUGACCCAGGGGACCCCCAGAGCCCACCCCGGGGUGUCACCACCCCCUGACCCCGAUCCUGGGGUGUCACCACCCCCUGACCCCGAUCCUGGGGUG